AUGGGGCUAAUGUUCUACCUUUUCACGUGGAUGUCCGCGAUGACGGCUCUUACUCCAUUCUUGUCAACAAUGUCACCUGGUUGAACAGCGGAGACACUGCUUUUAUCUCCAACAGAAAGACUUACUCCACCUCCGACAAGACACUGAAGAUCACUUACUCAAACACAUCUCAGGGGUCGGAUCCCUUUGGUCCAUGGAGAUCCUAUAGUUUUAUAUACCAGUUCGGGGAUAGCUAUGUCAACGCAACCAUUCAAACAUAUACCGACCCUAGCCUGCCUGCCGCAAUAUUUCAUCAGCAAUAUCUCAGAGAUACAGAGAACACGUCGACAAACUCUGCCAACAACGUCAUCAGCAAAUUCCCCAGUUUCCUUCUUGGUGGACAGAGAGGAGUCGACCUGGGCUAUCUUGCAUUUGGAGGCAACAUGGCGGGCUACUCGAGCAUGUCGCGAGGGAGAUUUGUCCAGAAUGCAUCAUUCCCAACCGGAAUCCAGGGCGGACCACUGGUAAUAUUUGACGAGAGCAGCAAUGCAAUAGUUAUCUCUCCAAAAUCAGCGUUCAUGGCAGCGUCGAGUAGCAUCGACGCACAGAAGCAAGUCAACUGGGGCAUCAUGGGCGAGGUCAAUCAAGUGCCAAGCGGGUAUUCUUCCCAGUAUAUUGUUUUCUUUAGCAACAAGGGGAUUAACCAGGCCAUUCAAGGAUGGGGCAAGUACUUGACCACUCUCUAUCAGAAAUCGAGAGAUCCCAGGGACAAUGAUUUGACCAUUCAGUAUGUGGGUUACUGGACUGACAAUGGAGCUUAUUAUUACUACAAAACGGAGACAGGAAGAAUUACGAAUUACGAGGACACUAUACUUGACACGGUUGAUUAUAUCAACAACUUGGGUGUACCUUUCAAGUAUCUACAGUAUGACUCCUGGUGGUAUCCAAAAGGAAGAAUUCAAGGAGUGGACACGUGGACAGCUAAACCGGAUAUCUUCCCACACGGCUUCAAGUACAUUUCAGACAAAACAAAGUUGCCUAUUGGUUGCCACAACAGAUACUGGGACGCUGAGACAAAGUACGCCAAGUAUAAUGGUGGAAAGUACAACUUCAUUCGUGACACAAAGACGGGAUACGCGGUGCCUGAUGAUGCUAAAUUCUGGGUUGACCUAUUCAAUGAAACGCAAAACUGGGGAGACUUCAUUCUGUAUGAGCAGGACUGGCUGGACAGAGAAACUGACAACAAUGCAAUUCUGCAGAAUAAUUUAACUACUGGACAGAGAUGGUUGCUUCAGAUGGGAGAGGCAGCGGCAAAAUUUGGAACCAUAAAUAUUCAGUAUUGUAUGUCUUAUGGCAGACAUAUUCUACAAGCUCUGGAAAUUCCCGCUGUCACACAG